GCGUCAUCUGGCAAGGCAGUGGGCACCGGGUCACCAGGCAUUGGAUCGUCUGGCUCGACAGCGGGCAUCGGGUCACCAGGCAUCAGGUCAUUUGCUCGGUCAUUUGGCUCGCCAGCGGGCACCGCGUCAUCUGGCAAGGCAGUGGGCACCGAGUCACCAGGUACGACAGCGGGCUCUGAGUCAAUUGGCACGACAGCGGGCACCGGAUCAGGUACCGGAUCAUCUGGAUCAACAGCGGGCAUCGAGUCAACUGGCCUAAUAGGAUCAUCAGGCUGGAUCAGUUCAUCAUGCUGGAGAGGCAUCAGGCUGAAGAGAGGCAUCAGGCUGAAGUAGAGGCAUCAGGCUGAGUAGAGGCAUCAGGCUGAGUAGAGGCAUCAGGCUGAAUAGAGGCAUCAGGCAUCAGGCUGAAUAGAGGCAUCAGGCUGGGUACAGGCAUCAGGCUGGGUACAGGCAUCAG